AAAGAGAGACACAAGCAACACCAUGAUCCGACGUUGAUCAAGCAAGGAAUGGUGACUUCGCCAUCGAGGCGAGUGAGCGGGCCAGCGGGGGUGGCGGCGGCGGGUCGAUGAGGAGACGGUGACUCGAUGAGAGAGAGAGAGGAGAGAGACCUAAGGGGUGUUUCUUAGGGGCCCGAAGCAAUUGUUGCUCGGCAGUAGCAUUAGCCUUUCCCAAAAAGAAAAUGCCAUCCUAAACUUUACUCUCCAUAUCAAUUAUCCCCUUCACAUUUAAAGCCUCCGACUAACAUCCUCACAUUUUACAUUUGGAUUUGAAGUUGCAUCUCUCGUCCACACAUAGUUGUGCCUUUAAUCGUCAACUUCACCAAAUUAAUCUAAUUAAUUGGGAAACAUAUUUAUUGUUUUCAAAAAGCAUAAGUGCAAAAUUGAAGUUAAUAUGAAAAAAAAAAUUAAGAAAAGGUGUCUAAUAACUCUCUAUUUAUUUAAGAAAAUAUGCCGGAGUUUUUUACCCGUUAAAAAGGACCAUUACUCGUCCAAUAUGUGGUUGUCGCACCGUCAGUUUGGCGACUAAAUAAGCCCGACAAUUUUAAAUUUGUUCUUAUCAAAUCGUUUAGAAAUUCACUUUUUUUAAAAUUCUCCAAUCAAAGUAAUACCAAUUCCCUUUAUUUUCAUAAGAAAUCGGUAUUAUUAAUUCCUCCUUUUUUUGUAUAAUAAAAUACCUUGAGAAAUGACAAAUUUGGGCUGAUGGAAGUAAAAACAACCGCCAAGUGAAACCAACGGUUAGGAGCUGAACCCGCCAAGAAAAGCGACCGCUAGGUCUCUCCUUCCGUCCACUGCCCGCUCUUCGCGGUGGACCCCUCGUUUUGAAACACCAUUGUCCGCCGCGAGCUCUCCACAGGUCGAGCCCAUGAGCUUGCAUCUUCUGUCCUCCAUUCGCGUCGAGAAAGCUUAGGAGGAGAAGAAGAAGAAGAAGAUGAGCGUCAUCGACAUCCGGUUCAGGGUCGACGCCAUUUGCAAGAAGUAUGACAAGUACGACAUCGAGAAGCAGCGCGAGCGCAAUGCCCAUGGCGACGACGCCUUUGCCCGUCUCUACUCCACGGUCGUAUCUUGCCUCGAUGCCGCCCUCGAGAAAUCCAAGAGGGCGGCGGUGGAGACAAACAGGGCUUCCUCGGCGGCACUGAACGCAGAGAUCCGGAGGACGAAGGCCCGGUUGAUGGAGGAAAUCGCUAAGCUGCACAAGUUGGCUCAAAAGAAGGUUAAAGGGCUGUCUAAAGAUGACCUAAUGACUCGGAAUGAUCUGGUUCUUGCACUACACGAAAGGGUUCAAGCCAUACCUGAUGGGACAAUUGCACCAUGCAAACAAUCUGGAGGAUGGUCCGCUUCGACAUCUCAUGAGAACAUCAAGUUUGACUCUUCAGAUGGACAUUUACACGAUGGUUUCUUCCAACAAAAUGAAGAAGCAAGCCAAUUUAGGCAAGAAUAUGAAAUGCGGAAGAUGAAACAGGAUGAAGGUCUUGAUGUAAUAUCAGAAGGAUUAAAUACACUGAAGAAUCUGGCCCAUGAUAUGAAUGAGGAGUUGGAUAGACAAGUUCCUUUAGUGGAUGAAAUCGACACUAAGGUGGACAGAGCAACAUCCGAUCUUAAAAAUACGAAUGUCAGACUUAAGGAGACUCUGUUCAAGAUAAGAUCCAGCCGGAACUUCUGCAUUGACAUUGUUUUACUUUGCGUUAUCCUGGGAAUUGUUUCUUAUUUAUAUAAUGUACUGCGCUGAUCUAACAUGAGGACAAGUUCAACACGUUGUUUGAUCUCACAAUGUAUGGACCUGACCCUUGAAGACCUCCGACUUCGUGUGACCAUGGAUUUUGUGUAGCAAAUUCUUCGGUCAAAGCUGCUAUUUGAAAGAGUGAUUCUGAUAUUUAUUACUGGCUAUGGUGGCUGUUGUUUCCAAGGAAGUUGGAGAUGCAGUCUUGUAUAUGCUGAAUGAGUUCACAGCAUAUGGAGCACCUAUGGUGAUGGCAUUUUUUCUCCGCAAGAGAAGCAUGACGACAAAUUAACAUCCAUGUUAAUUACAAUUUAAGAUGUACACUGCUCUAGGAGAGUUUUUGUCAUUGCAUUUAUUACUUGUUAGCGCGAAUGAACCUAUGGAAUAUUGAGAUGUCAAAAGUUGUGAUUCAGUUGAUAGACAAAUGAACAAGUAUUUAUAGCCC